CACACACACACACACCCCUCUCACACACACACAGUCAAGGAGGAGACCUGGUGCAUGGAAAUGGACAGCCAAAUAGAAAGUGGUCAGAAGAGACGAAACACGAGCAAAGAUGAUCUGAUAGCUGAUGUUGGUUCAGGGAGCCUAGGUUGCUGUGGCUGGUUCAUUGUGAUCCUCUCUGGUCUGUUCACCUUCUCCCUGUUCCCCUUCACCAUCUGGUUCUGCAUAAAGAUAGUUCAGGAGUAUGAACGUGCUGUCAUCUUCAGGCUGGGCCGGAUUACAGACCGGAAGGCUAAGGGACCAGGUAUCUUUUUCGUGCUGCCGUGCACAGACUCCUUCGUGAAAGUGGACCUGAGAACCGUAUCAUUCGACAUCCCUCCCCAGGAGAUCCUGACAAAGGACUCUGUGACGGUGUGUGUUGAUGGGGUGGUGUACUUCCGGGUGAGCGACCCUAUCUCCUCGGUGGCCAACGUGUUCAACGCAGACUUCUCCACCCGUCUCCUGGCCCAGACCACCCUGAGGAAUGUCCUGGGAACCAAGAACCUGGCAGAGCUGUUGUCAGACCGCGAGGGCAUCUCACACAGUAUGCAGGCCAGUCUGGACGAGGCUACUGACCCGUGGGGUAUCAAGGUGGAGCGUGUGGAGAUUAAGGAUGUGAAGCUUCCCCACCAGCUGCAGCGAGCGAUGGCUGCAGAGGCAGAGGCCAGCCGUGAGGCCAGGGCUAAAGUGAUAGCGGCAGAGGGGGAGAUGAACGCCUCCCGGGCCCUGAAGGAGGCGUCUCUAGUGAUCGCUGAAUCUCCGUCGGGUCUCCAGCUGCGUUACCUGCAGACCCUCACUACCAUCGCGGCAGAGAAGAACUCCACCAUCAUCUUCCCUCUGCCCAUGGACGUCAUCAGCCACUUCAUGAAGAAGUGAUGUCAUCAACACUCACCAUCCACCACUCCUGUCUAAUGCAACAUUCAAUCAGUUGAUUCAGGUGAUUAGUUGAUUUUACAAUUCAAGAAUGUUUCUAAAAGUUUCAUUUAUUUUCAAUGAGGAUUGUUUCAGAUUUCAGGUUCUGGUUUAGAUGGGAAUAAAACACAAUCCAGUAACCUUUUAAAGAAUGUCUGCAUGGUCAAGACGUCUUCAUUUGUCUGUUAUUGUGGAAAUUGAAAACCAUUAACUUUUUUUUUCUAGUGAAAAAAAUAAAUAUAUACAAAUAUGUUGAAAUA